AUGGAGGGGCAACUCGAAGCCAAAGGGGAGGUGGGGCCGUCGAAAGCGAGCGAGCCCGAGCUGCUCGACGAGGCCAGUUCAGUGCCGACUGUCGAAGACGAAAAGAUGGAGCGAAAUUUGAUAUGGAGAAUUGACAUACAUAUACUUCCAUUCGUGGUCUUGUUGUAUCUGUUCAGCUUUCUUGACCGAGUGAACAUUGGCAAUGCACGCUUGUAUGGCCUCGAAGAAGACCUGGGCUUGGUCGGUGACCAAUAUCAGAUCGCUGUCUCUAUUCUGUUUGUGACCUAUUGCUUCUUCGAGGUGCCCUCGAACCUUGUCAUCAAGAAGCUCAGGCCAUCCCGUUACAUUGCAGCCAUCUCUAUCAUCUGGGGAAUUAUCGCAACCCUCACGGGUAUCACCCAAAACUACGGUGGGCUCAUUGCUUGUCGAAUUCUCCUCGGAGUUGUUGAGGCAGGGCUCUUCCCAGGGCUUAUGACCUACUUGACUCUAUUCUAUAGCAAACGUGAGAUUGCUCUGCGAACCGGCUACUUGUUCAGUAGUGCUGCAAUCGCGGGCGCCUUUGGGGGUCUGCUUGCGUACGGAAUCGGAUUCAUGGAUGGCAUCAGUGGACUCCGAGGAUGGCGUUGGAUCAUGAUCCUUGAGGGUAUCCCAACUGUCUUGCUGGGCAUAGCAACGUGGUUCUUCCUGGCCGAUGACCCUGACACUGCAUACUACCUGAACGAAGAAGAGCGGGCGCUCGUCGUGCGUCGCCGUAGCCGCUAUGUGGGCCAGACAGCAUCUGCCCAGAAGUUCCACUGGGCGGAUGUCAAAGAAGGCGCACUUGAUUGGAAGAUCUAUGCCUUUUGCAUUGGACAAUUCGGAGUUGACACCAUGCUGUACGGAUACAGCACUUUCCUGCCUACUAUCAUCAAAGGAAUGGGUAACUGGACCACCCCCGAAGUCCAAGCACUUACGAUUCCAUGCUAUGGUCUUGGUGCAAUCGUCUAUCUGGCUGUAGCUUGGCUGAGUGAUCGAACACAACACCGUGCAUUCUUCGUCUGCCUCUUCAGUGCCAUUUCCGUCAUAGGCUACGGGAUUCUGAUCUCGGAUUCUUCAUCUGGGGUGCACUAUUUCGGUGCGCUUCUAGUUGCGCUUGGCCUUUAUGUCACCGUCGGCCUGCCACUUGCAUGGUUGCCAACAAAUCUGCCUAGAUAUGGAAAACGCACCUUUGCAACAGGUCUGCAACUCACUUUCGGCAAUAUCAGCGGUGUCAUGUCACCCUUCCUAUACAAGAACUCCGAAGCACCCCAGUAUGUUAGAGGAAAUGCUGUUACGUUAGGACUUGUCGGAUUCGCUGGCAUUGUAUACGGCGGUAUGUGGUACUGUCUGCGUGUGAUAAACAAGCGUCGGGCCCGUGGCCUCGAGGAUGCUAAGAUUGCUUCCAUGUCGGAGGCAGAGAUCCAGGAACUUGGUGAUCGGAACCCAAGAUUCAUGUACAGCACUUGA